AUGGCGACAGUAGAUUUGAUGGUAGUCAUCACUGUAAUUAUAUUCGAGAGAAUAAAUUAUAUCUACUUGUUUGCUAAUUUCUUGCUCGUUACUCCGGCGUGCACUGUAUGGCAUCUGCUGGUUAUCGCAACCAAGGAAUGUUCCAUUUGGUUGAUGGUCGCUUUCACUUUCGAUCGCUACAUCGCCAUUUGCUGUCAGAAGCUGCGGAACCGAUAUUGCACCGAGAGAACAGCCACUGUGGUGAUAAUAACGGUGAGCUCAGCCUGCUGUGCUAAGGCCAUUCCAUUCUACUUUGCAGUGGAUAAGCGGCGUUGUGUCGCCGCAUCUGAAUACCUUACAUCACCACUGUGGAAAGCCUACGAGGUAUUUGACAGCACCACAACACCGUUACUGUCCAUGUGUUUAAUCCUGCUCUUUAAUGUUUUAACUAUCAAACGCAUUAAAGCGGCAAAUAGACUUCGCCGAGCACUUCGGAACAGCAGCGAAUAUCAGAAUGAUCCAGAGGUGGCAAACCGGAGAAAGUCAAUGAUUCUGUUGUUCGCUCUGUCGGCCAAUUUCGUAUUAUUUUGGUUGCCCCAUGCCGUACAUUCCAUGAACUGGCAACUUGAAAACUAUACCUUCACAGACAGGUAUUUCAACAAACCGACCUAUAUCCUGCAGCAAUGUGCGUUUAUGUUGGCUUAUCUCAAUACCUGCACCAACACUUGUAUCUAUGGACUGACACAGAGAAAAUUCAGGGAGGAGCUGAAGAAUGGAGUGAAGUACCUGUUUCUAGUAAAGGGAGGAACUUGCAAAUAA